AGGGGCCGGAUGGAUUCAGAGAUGUUUGCGAAGAGGAGGCUUUCACACCUUCAAAGGCGGCCUGGACGCUAUCAGGGCCGCAUGGAGCGAGCAAGCUCACUGUGCUGGCGGGUUUAGCGCCAACGGCCAGCCAAUAGACCAAGUACACCAUUUGUUGAGGGCUCGGCUAGAACUGGUGGACGCCGAUGACAUCGCAUGUGAAUCAGAUCUACACCGGCGUCCCCGCUACGAUGCCCUCCCCAUAGCGCCGAGCGGACAGCCUGCCCGUCCCAACAGCUUCAAUCACCAUACCCUUCUGCUACGAACACUGCGAGCAUGGGAGAGCGUCCCUCGCAAAGCAUGUGUGGCGGCUUGGAUUGUGACUGGGUAUUUCGCGAAGGAGCACUUCGACCCUGAAGUUGGAUUAUCGCCUGAAGAGGCGACAGCGUUCCUGGACGACACAGGCAUGCUCAGAACGAUGGGCAUCAAGAGCGAUCUAGCAGGCCAAGCGCCUAAGACAGACAGGUGGUAUUGGGCUUUGAAGAUGGUCAACGACAGUGGGAGUGAAACCUUCAGGCGCAGCACUUCGGACAUGGUGGUGAUCCUGGACGCGCUCUAAUUUCGUGACAGGUGCUGUGAAUUCGUCGUGAGUUUUGUACAUGUGCUUCGUUUUCACAGAGUGUGGCAGGCGCAGUACUUUGUGAACCUCGAAGUGCGGAUUUCGUG